ACGAGGAUGGCAAAAUAGCAAUUUUCUCGGCGUGGAGCUAGGUAGACGACGAGGGGAACCACUGCGGCCACCUCGGGCAUGGCCGCAGGGCGAUGGCCCCUCCUCCGGUCGAUCGCGAGGGGCUGCCUCGCCGGGGCCCUCAUCGGCGUCACCGUCAACGACCGCUACGCCUCCAUCCUCACCGUGCGGGGCUCCUCCAUGCACCCCACCUUCGAGCCCCACCCAGCUGUCCGCGUGCUCGUCGACCGGCUCUGCCUCGACGCCCGCUACGGCUUCUCCCGCGGCGACGUCGUCGUCUUCCGGUCGCCGACGGAGCACCGGAGUUUGGUGGUCAAGAGGUUGAUUGCGUUGCCCGGCGACUGGAUCCAGGUCCCGGCGGCGCAGGAGAUCCGGCAGAUACCCGAGGGCCACUGCUGGGUGGAAGGGGACAGCCCUUGCAGCCGUGACUCCCGAAGCUAUGGCCCUGUAAGUAUUCCUCUUGGUCUGAUGCAGGGGAGGGUCACAUACAUAGUCUGGCCGCCAAAUAGAAUUGGUCCAGUGGAGAGAAAGAUGCCAGAAGGAAGAGUAAUGCAGCGAUGACCUUUGUAUCUCUGGUUCGGUUGGUUUGUACAAUUUCCCCCCAAUUGGAGUAAAAUAUAGGUUCAGAAACCUCCAGAUUUUGUGCUGUCAAAGAUAGUGAAGUAAGAAUUUCAACACUAAUGGCACCGAAAUUGUUUCUCCUGUCAGGAUUCAUUGCUGAAUGCAUAGCUGCAAAGCUCUGCUUCUUGCUGGCCUUUGAUACACAUGAUGCAAUGCUAAUUUUUUUUCUUUGUUUUUUUGCAAAUUUCACCGAGAGAUUUAUUAAAAUCUUCAUGACAAAUUUAUUAUGAUUUCCCACCUGUGUUGUCGUUGGAAAGCAGAAACAAAUAUUGCUUGUUGAAUAACUGUAACAAGCCAGCAGCAUACAAAGUUACUGUUUUUCAAUCAUCUUCACUCAGGAAAACAAAGAUGACACACCUGCUUAGUAAAGCAGGAAUGAACUGAGUCAAAUUCUCUCUUUUUUAUCUCUCUCACUGUGAUGUAAUAUGCUUACUGUAAAACCUGGUUUAAUUUCAUGCUGCAGGAAUUGUGAAAAUACCCUC